AUGAAGGCUUCUUUCCUCCCCUUGCUCUUGGCCGGGCUAACAGGGGUGUCAGCCGCCUCCAUUGCUGACGCUCCUCAGUGCGCUAUAUCCUGCGCUCUUUCGGCUCUUCCCCAAUCACCUUGCACCAUCUCGAAUCAAUCAUGUCUUUGUGUCGAUCCGACUUUCAACAGGCUUGUUGGCGACUGCGUCAAAGAUGCGUGCACGAUAAAGGAAGCAUUGGCUGUUACAAACUUGACGUGGUCGUCCUGCGGGUUUCCCCUGACUGAUCGGACGAGUACGGCGCGAUACACGACAAUCUUUUUAUUCAUCCUACCGGUGGUUUUCAUGGCAAUCAGACUGUCGGCCAGGUUUAUGCGUCUUGCGCCCUGGGGCGCAGAAGAUACAGCGAUAUGUAUCGCUUUUGUAUGCGUGCCAAUCCAACGUUCCAAGCGCGUUCAAGAAUACAAGUCUGAUACGGAUAUAGGCGUUUUUGAUACCUUUUCCGCCGAUCAUCUUCACCAUGAUGCGAUAUGGUUUAGGACGAGAUAUCUGGACAUUGCAGCCCUCCUGUUCGUUCUCCAACUCUUUUACAUCUCAGGACUGGCAGUCAUAAAGGCAUCGGUAAUAUACUUGUACAUACGAGUCUUUAACAUUCAAGGCUUCAGGACCCUUCUCUGGUGCACGCAGAUUUUCAACUUUCUUCUCGGGGGAGGCUACAUCUUGCUCAGCCUCGUUCAGUGCCAGCCAUUCCAGCACUAUUGGAACGGGUGGGAUGGCGAGCAAGAUGGCCACUGCGCAGAUCUUAACACAAUCGGCUUGACGCACGUAGCGUUUAACAUUGCGCUCGACGUGUGGAUGCUGAUUUUACCGGCGACGCAACUGUAUAAGCUUAACAUGGAGCUCAAGAAGAAAAUCGGCGUGAUGGCGAUGUUCAGUGUAGGCGUUUUCCUCACUUCAGUCAGCAUUAUACGGAUCAAAAGUCUUCUGGUCUUUGCUACGAGCUUCAAUAUCACUGCCGAGUGCCUUUGGGGUAUUAUUUGGUCCUAUGUAGAGCUCUGCGUGGGGAUCUUCGUUGCCUGCAUGCCUGCCGCCCGACAGCUUGCGUGGAGGUUCUUCCCCAAACUUGUCAAUUACACCCGGGAAUCACUUACGGGGUCAAGUAAAUCGAAGCGUGAGGUGCAGAACGAGGAACUCACACCUAUCGCCAAGGGCAGACAGUCCUCAAAGUCAGGUACUUUAUCGUCAAACAUAACGCAAUCGAACGCAGGGUCUGUCAUGGACCCCAAUACACCUCGGAGCGCAACGUUUGGUUAUCCACAGUCAGAUGAUGUCAUUAUGGUUCAUGAAAGAAAGGAAUGA